GCGUCGGACUUAAACUGUCCCGACGUUCUCGCACUCCCUGAACCCGUUAAACGAACGAAGGAAGGAAUAGGUGUUGUCAAGUUGCACCAUGCUGCGCACCGUGUUGACCCGAACUUUCCCCCAGCUGUCGAGGACCUCGUCGUGCCAGUAUUCCGCUGCAGCUAUCCCUGCACCGAACACCCAACCAGACGUGCAUUUUAACAAGCUCUUCAUCAAUAACGAGUGGCAAGAUGCAGUCAGCAAGAGGACCUUCCCCACCAUCAACCCUGCCACUGGGGAGGUCAUUUGUCAGGUUGCAGAAGGAGACAAGGCCGAUGUGGACAAGGCAGUGAAGGCGGCCAAGGAUGCCUUCAGAUUUGGGUCACCAUGGCGACGGACGGAUGCAUCACACCGUGGGCUUCUCCUGAGCCGGCUGGCUGACGCCAUUGAGAGAGACGCUGCUUAUUUGGCUGAACUAGAGACACUGGACAAUGGGAAGCCCUAUGCCGUGUCCUAUAUGGUUGAUGUCCCCAUGAUUGUGAAGGUCUUCAGGUACUACGCAGGGUGGGCUGAUAAGUGGGGAGGCAAGACCAUCCCCAUUGAUGGAGACUACUUCUGCUACACCAGACACGAGCCCAUAGGAGUGUGUGGCCAGAUCAUUCCUUGGAAUUUCCCGCUGCUGAUGCAGGCAUGGAAGCUGGGCCCUGCUCUGGCCACAGGCAACACUGUGGUCAUGAAGGUGGCAGAACAAACCCCCCUCACUGCCCUCUAUGUGGCCAACCUCAUCAAGGAGGUGGGAUUCCCCCCUGGCGUGGUGAACAUUAUCCCCGGCAUGGGCCCAUCAGCUGGGGCUGCCAUCGCCACGCACAUGGAUGUGGACAAGGUGGCCUUCACAGGGUCCACUGAGGUGGGCAAACUGAUCCAGCAGGCCUCAGGCGCCAGCAACCUGAAGAAGGUCACCCUGGAGCUGGGAGGAAAGAGCCCAAACAUCAUCAUGUCUGAUGCUAACAUGGAGGAGGCUGUGGAGCAGUCCCACUUUGCGCUGUUCUUCAACCAGGGUCAGUGCUGUUGUGCUGGAUCCCGCACCUAUGUGCAGGAGAGCAUCUACGACGAGUUUGUGGAGCGCAGCGUGGAGAGGGCCAAGAAGAGGGUGGUGGGAGACCCCUUCAACCUCAAGACUGAGCAGGGACCUCAGGUGGAUGAGGAGCAGUUCAAGAAGAUUCUGGGCUACAUUAGCACUGGGAAGAGAGAGGGUGCCAAACUGAUGUGUGGGGGAGCCGUGGCAGCGGACCGGGGCUACUUCAUCCAACCCACUGUGUUUGGGGACGUCGAGGAUAACAUGACCAUCGCGCGGGAGGAGAUCUUUGGCCCAGUCAUGCAGAUCCUGAAGUUUAAGUCGGUCGAGGAGGUUAUAGAGAGGGCAAAUGACAGCAUGUAUGGCCUGGCUGCAGCAGUCUUCACCAAGGACAUCGAUAAAGCCCACUAUAUCUCCAAUGGCCUGCGGGCAGGAACUGUCUGGAUCAACUGCUAUGAUGUGUUUGGAGCCCAGGCUCCAUUCGGUGGUUACAAGGCCUCAGGAAAUGGCCGUGAACUGGGAGAGUAUGGCCUGGACAACUACACAGAAGUCAAAACGGUGACAAUCAAAGUUCCACAGAAAAACUCGUAAGGAGAGAUUUAUGCUUCCCAGUCCAGAGAAAAUAGCUUAAUACCCCACUUCAGCACUUCCUUCAGAACCAUUGUGUAAUUGUAUUAGUUCUGCCAAACAGAGCCAUAUCUGAAAGCAACUGUAAGGAGUUCCAACAACAGCACAGUUGGCUUUGAUAACCCCUUUGUGCACGACUGUAUGAAUCUAAAUAUAGCUACCUUUUUGUUCUCUGAAUGUGAGUUUGAUGUGUACAUUUUUACAGAUGGCAAUGUGAAAUUUGACUCAGACUGUUUUGUUUAAUAAAUGCUUUGAACACUA